AUGCGGUUACACAUAGAGCGUGACCUCUACCCAUAUGCAUUCCCAACUCAUGACAGCUAUGCUUUUACCAAGAAUGGUGGGGGUUUUGAUACUUGGGCUGAGGAAGUGCUGACUAAUCCUUCUUCUAAAGAGGUUUUAAAGAAUGCAGGUGUGUAUGGUGCUAUAGUGGCAAGUGUGGGGUUGAAUGUGAGAAGCGAGCCAUCAUGGUUGAGUGUGGCUUUUUCCCAUUGGAGUUCUAGUUCUCACACCUUUGUUACUCGGUGGGGGCAAUUGACACCUACAUUGGAGGAUGUCUGCGCAUUAACUAGUUUGCCUAUACUUGGUGUUGCAGAUCCACUUGCUAAUACAUCUGUUCCUAGUCAUCUAAAGAUUGUAUCGAUUUUGAAAGACUCAAUUUCAGAGGUAGGAUUCUUAUUGAGCGGCUACGAUAAAGGAGGAGUGUAUCGUGGGCCGCAGCGUCGGGAGCAUUGUAAGAAUACCUUUGGGAGAUGGCUGCGAUAUUGGUUUCGAGAUUUGAAUCCAUCUCCGGCAGAAGGAACUGAGAUAGAAGAAAAUGGGGUAAAUGGGCCUGGAUAUGAAAAGUAUAAGCAUAGUUCCACCUACCUCGUUGCUUUCCUUGCGUAUUGGUUGAGUUGGUAUAUCUUGGAGGGAGCACCCAAGGAUGGAGUAGACCCGUCUGUGUUUGAUAUUGCUGUUUAUCUUGUGAGUGGUCUUUCGGUUGCACUUAGGCCAUUGUUUUUGGGGACUCUAUACAGACGGCUUGAUAUGUAUCAGGUUGGAGCAGAGAAGUCGAAGGGUCGGUAUGAUGUUAUUAGUUUUGUAUCGACUUCCUUCUUGCAGAUGUUCUUGUAUGAACGGUUUCCCAGGCUUGCUCCUGAGCCGACAGAUUUUGAACCUGGAGAGGGGCGAGAGCGUCGAGCUACAAGGUGGUACGGGACACGCAUUCGGGGGUCGUUGAUGGAUAUUUUUGAUGAUGAGAGUGAGUUUAUAGCUCGUCCGUACAUUCCUCCUGUCAUCGGGGUGGUUCCAUUUCGGAUGUAUGACUCGAGAGAUUCUGAGGUGGCUUUUGAUGGUCGACUGAGUAAUGCCGAGGCAAUGACGGCUUGUAGCUUCUUGUCAUGUUCCUUGCCUUAUUUUAUAAGAGGAGCUUAUGGCUCUACAUCCUAUAAUCCGGCGAGAGUGGCUCGCCAAUUUGGAUUUGAUCAGGGGGUCCCUAGUCCUAGCGUAGUUCUUCCUGUGGCUGAUACUUUUGAGUAG